UCACGUGACACAGUAACGAGUGCUCAAGCUUUGCUGUGUGGUGUCAAUCAGGGACUGCAGCACCUGCUCCUCUGGCCCUCGGUGACAAGGGGUUAAUGUGCGCAAGGUCUUGCAGAGUUGCCGUGGCUUUGGCUUGCUCCGCCCCCUCCUCUGUGCUCCUGUAUGUGUGUGUCACUGUGUGAGCUCAGCCUGCCUCCCCGGCCGUGCUAUCCGCCUCCCUGCAGCCGCCCUUCCCCUCGCACUGCUCCCACUUAUUCUGGCUAUUGUGUAUAAUCGCCUGGAAGCCGACUCACUCUAAUCAAGCAGAUUAGAGAUUCUUGCGCGCCCGGAAAUCCCAAUGCCCCCCUCCCCCAUCCAUCUCAGCUCACAUCCAGCAAACUCUUUCCUGUCUUUUAAAACUUACUAUUGCGCCUCCUGCUUCUCUUAGUCUCCCCCAUAUAUGCCUCCCCUAAUUUGUGUACCCAAUAUCCCAGCCUUGCUUACUGCUCUCCUCCCCCAACUCUCAUCAUGUCUCUCCUCCUCCUCCUCCUCUGUCUCUCUCCCAGGACGUCGGCUGAUCCGGGGCCGCCAGGGAAGGGCUUAGGGGGCUGAUGGAAGGGAGAUGGAGCUCCGGCGGUGGCCUGGCUGGUGCUACUUUCUAUUAAAAUGAGGAGGAGGAAGAAGAAGCAGCAGCAGCAUCAUCAUCCCUAAUAGCAGCAGCAAUAAUAGAGCAGGGAACGGCGGCAGCACCAGCAGGAGGAGGAGGAGUGAUGAGUCAAUACAACUAAUAAUUUAAUGGGGACACAGAAUCGCAGAGAGAGAGACGCAAGGCAGCUCCGGACAAACAAACAUACACAACACACACUCACUGAUACAGCAACCUGCCAGCCUGGGAAGAACACCACCAACAAGCUAACAACAACAACAUCAUCAACUCCUGAUUAUUAUCAUCAUCCUGCCUAUUGUUAAAUAAUGCACGAACCUGAGACAGGAGAACUGAAUAAACCCAGGACUGAAGAGAGACAUUUUGCCUCCAGCACUUUCUUUUGACCUUCCCCUUUAUUUAUUUUUUUGCUUUCCUGGGGAUCUCACUUUUUUCUGCCCUCGAGUUUCCUCGCUUUCAUUUCUUUAUCCAUCAUUUCUUUUUUCUGUAAUUUUAUUUUUCUGUCUGUGGUGGUGUUGGGUGGGGGGGAGUUGAUGAAGAAGAAGAAGACUGCAACCUUACUGAAUUUUAUUGCCAUAGAAGUGGAAGCCUGAAGCUCCCCUCUCUGUAUCUUCCUCACUUUCUCCUCCUGAGAUGUUGCAAUUUAGUCGCUGAAUCUUUCCUGCUAGAAACUUUGUUGCAUUUAGUGUCACAUUGUGAAAGUCACUGCACUGCUGGAUGUCACUGCUAAGCAACUCUCUCUGCGGUCCGACCACUUCUUCCCUCCUAUCAGUGCACCUAUCUUUUCCUCCAAUGUGAAGCUAGCUCCAACUAUCUGAUGCGUUCAUGGGGUUCCAGCCUCUGGAGGAUGUUGAACUACAACUGCCACCAUCUAUUGACAAGUGCAUUUGUGUUGUCAGUGGAUGCUGGGAUUUGUUAUAAAACAUCAGAUGGAGGGCCACAUAUAGGUGAUCCUUAGAGGCGGGACUGAGCAUGGAUCAUUCGAACGAGACAACUCAGGGGAUAGAACAUUCGGAAAUGUCUAACAAUGUAAACGAUCCAAAGGGUCCACCAGCCAAAAUAGCCUGCCUUGAGCAGAAUGGCAGUCCUCUAGGAGGAAGAGCAAGACUUGGAAGCACAGGAGGAAAAAUGCAUGGAGUGCCACUUAGACAUUCUUCACAACUGUUAAGGACAAAUAUUCGGAAAGGAAAUAUGAUUCCAGUGUUCUGUGUGGUGGAACAUUAUGAGAACUUCAUUGAAUAUGACUGCAAAGAAGAACAUGCUGAAUUUGUUUUGGUCAGGAAAGACAUGCUUUUUAACCAACUGAUUGAAAUGGCUCUGCUAUCUCUUGGAUAUUCUCACAAUGCAGCCGCCCAGGCCAAAGGGCUAAUCCAAGUUGGAAAGUGGAAUCCAGUUCCCCUCUCCUGUGUGACAGAUGCCCCUGAUGCCACAGUAGCAGACAUGUUGCAGGAUGUUUUCCAUGUGGUCACACUGAAAAUACAGCUACACAGUUGUCCUAAACUAGAAGACUUGCCUCCAGAGCAGUGGUCCCACAUAACAGUCAGAAAUGCUCUAAAGGACUUACUGAAAGAUAUGAACCAGAGUUCGCUGGCUAAGGAAUGUCCCCUUUCACAGAGUAUGAUUUCUUCCAUUGUGAACAGCACUUACUAUGCAAAUGUUUCAGCAGCAAAAUGUCAAGAAUUUGGAAGGUGGUAUAAACAUUUCAAGAAGACAAAAGAGAUGAUGGCAGAUAUUGAAGAUUUAUCAGAACUGUCUCAACAAAGUACCAAUCAUGUUAACUAUGGUCAGCAGCCUGGUCCUGUUGGUACUCCAGAAAAGCCUUCAUCCCCAGUUCAGAUUUCUCACAGUAGUCAACCACCUGUGCGGACGCCACUUCCCAAUUUGCAUCCAGGACUUGUUUCUACUCCCAUCAGCCCUCAGUUAGUAAAUCAGCAGCUGGUAAUGGCUCAGUUACUGAACCAGCAAUAUGCUGUAAACAGACUACUCGCACAGCAGUCCUUAAACCAACAGUACUUGAACCAUCCUCCUCCUGUCAGUAGAUCAAUCAACAAGCCUUUGGAGCAACAGCUUUCGCCCAACACAGAAGUGUCUUCCGAUAUCUACCAGUGGGUACGUGAUGAAUUAAAACGAGCAGGAAUCUCGCAAGCAGUAUUUGCACGAGUGGCUUUCAACAGAACUCAGGGCUUGCUCUCUGAAAUACUGCGAAAGGAAGAAGAUCCCAAGACCGCAUCACAAUCCUUACUUGUAAAUCUUAGAGCAAUGCAGAAUUUCCUUCAGCUGCCAGAGGCUGAGCGUGACCGUAUAUAUCAGGAUGAAAGGGAAAGAAGCCUUAAUGCAGCGUCAACCAUGGGCCCAGCACCUUUGAUAAGCACACCAUCCAGUCGCCCGUCACAGGUGAAGACGACUACCAUUGCAACAGAGCGGAAUGGGAACCUGGAAAACUGCACGAUGAAUAUUAAUGCUUCCAUUUAUGAUGAAAUCCAGCAGGAAAUGAAGAGAGCGAAAGUAUCCCAGGCUCUGUUUGCAAAGGUUGCAGCUUCUAAAAGCCAGGGCUGGCUGUGUGAACUAUUACGGUGGAAAGAAGACCCUUCCCCAGAAAACAGGACUCUAUGGGAAAACCUUUCAAUGAUACGAAGGUUCCUUAGUCUUCCCCAACCAGAAAGAGAUGUGAUUUAUGAGCAAGAGAGUAAUGCGGUUCAUCAGCACAGUGAAAGGCCAUCUCAUGUGAUCCAUGUUUCUGCUGAACAGAUUCAGCAGCAGCAACAACAACAACCACAGCCUCCUGGUCCCAGGCUACCCCCAAGACAGCCCACAGUUGCAUCUCCAGCUGAAUCCGAGGAAGAAAAUCGCCAGCAAUCCCGGCCACGAACAAAGAUCUCUGUUGAGGCCCUGGGUAUUUUGCAGAGCUUCAUACAAGAUGUAGGGCUUUACCCUGAUGAAGAAGCUAUCCAAACACUGUCCGCACAGCUUGACCUACCCAAGUACACCAUUAUUAAGUUUUUCCAGAAUCAGAGAUACUAUCUCAAGCACCACGGAAAGCUGAAAGACAAUUCUGGCCUAGAAGUUGACGUGGCCGAUUAUGACGACGACGAGUUGCCUAAAGAUUCCGAAGAGAAUACACAGGACAAAAGUACUAGUACACUGUUUCCAGUUAAACUUGAAGAGGAUUUCCCUGGGAAAGGAAAUACAGAUAUCACUGCUGAAAUGAAAGACUUAUCAUAAAGUAUUAUUUUUAUUCCACUGGUAUUACCAAUCACGAUUCCAUCCCAUGUACUGUCAAUAGCGUUUUUGCGUACGUUUUUCAGACAAGACAAAAACUUGCACAAAAAAAGUAAAAAACAAAACAAAAAAAUCAACAAAAACUUAAAUGAAACAGAAAAUACAUGUUUUACUCUGUCUAUGGACUGUUCUGAUUCCUUAUAUAAGAGAUUGUUUGAUAGUUAUAUUCACUGGAUAAGCCACAAUGAACUUGACGCGCAUGAUUCUAGUGCAGGUGAAUCCUUCCCUGGAGCGUACAAACAAGCAUAUGAAGCUUUUCGUGUUUCCUUCGUUUUCUGUUCUCCUGUUCUCGACCCCACAUUCGAUCUUCUGAAAGUUAUAAAUACGAGUACUGUGUGUUUGGAGUACAGAGGAACUCUAUUGCAGUCACAAAUGAUAACAUGCCAACAAUGCCUUGUGUUAUAUGGCACUGCCGUAACUUAGAUUUCCUCUUUUCUUUGGAAACGAAAGGUCACUCAUUUUUUUUUUUCACCAUUUUUCGUUAAUAAGACCCGGUUGAGUCCCAUUUAAUUAUCCGUAGAUCCUGCAUCUUGUUGUAAUUAUUUUAUUCCUCCAGGAUAUUUUUUUUUAAUAAUAAUAAUAAGUAAUAGUGAUACUAUUUGUUACCAUUCAGAUCUGAUUUUUUUUUUCUAUUUAUAUAUGUAUUUUGAUGGGCAGUAAAACAAAAGUGUCUUAAAAAGUUUUAAAUAGAGAAAAUGUGCUUUACAGAGUUGCCUAUAAAAAGUGCUCUAUGUUAUUCAAGCAAUUCAUACUUAUAAGCUUCACUCUUAUUGUGGUAUGCAAUUUUUACUAUCAUGCAAACAAGCUUAGGUAAAUCAAACAAAUAGAUCACCUUAGAAACUUAUGCAAUUAAUGUGAAAAAAAAAGAAUUGAUGUUUGCAAUGUGUCUUCCCCCUUGGUUUACAAUCAAUUUUCAAGCUACAUCUGUACAAAGUUACUGUAUAAAGGUGUAUUUCUUUUUUAUGAGUUUAUUGCUAUGAAAACACCAGUGAUUUUGUUACAGCUGGCUGUUUUUAUAAAUGUUCCACAAUUUUCUUUAUGCAAAGAUGUUCUGACUAGGAGUGGUUAUUGACUGUAACUACACAAUUAAAACUGUUUGUUUGGUAUAACAUG